CUCAGUUAUUCAUAUCACAUUUCGUGUUUCGUUGGAAAGUGGCUCUUUUCAAUUUCUGAAAGAAUUAUUUUUUGUCUUUUUUACAACACAACCUUUCACAUAAUUCUAUGAGAAGUUACAUGUUGUUCCUCUUAUCUCUGUUGGAUAUUUCUUCCUGAAACUAUUUGAAAUAUACACAUUGACAAUAUCUUGCAAUUAUGAUUGGGGAAGUUAGUGCAAACAAAUUUCUAUCAGUUUUCUACAGCAUUGGGAGUAAACCACUAGAGAUGUGGGAUAAACAUGUUUGUAAUGGUCGAGUUUAUCGAAUGACUGAUGAAGAAAUUCAAUCAUAUGUGUUGGAAAUUCUGGGUCAAAAUAUAAGUACAACAUAUAUUACUUGUCCUAAUGCUAAAAAGAAAAGCCUUGCAGUUAAAAUGCCAAUUUUAGUAAUUGUUUUAAAGAAUCUGAAUAAAUAUUUCAGUUUCGAAGUUCAAAUUCUUGAUGAUCAAAACUUGAAGCGAAGAUUUCAUGCAAGUACUUGUCAAACGACAACAGUCGUUAAACCAUUUGCUUGUAUGAUGCCAAUGAAACUUGAUGAAGGUUGGAAUCAAGUACAAUUUGACUUAGCCGAUUUUACUCGAAGAGCCUAUGGAACAACUUACAUAGAAACAGUGAAAUUAAGUAUUCAUGCAAAUUGUCGAUUGCGUCGUGUUUACUUUUGUGAUCGUAUUUAUUCAGAAGAUGAAUUACCAAGAGACUAUAAACUUUAUCUUCCUCUUCAUCCAAUAUCAUCUAGCAGUAGUCGAAUACACCAUCAUCAUAAUCAACAACCGAGAGCAAUAUCAGAUGGGAAAACUUCAUCAAAUCGUUGAAAGAUUUUGCCCAUUUUUUUUCUAUUUCCAUAACAAUAAUCUUUAUUCAUCAUGGCUAUCUCAUCAUAUUACAUGACUGGAUAUCUUUAAACUAUUUCUUAUCAAUUUUAGUGAACGAAAUAAUUUAUUUCAUAUACAUUGCUUUCAUAUGUUAGUCUGUGUGAGAUUACCAUCAUCAAUGAUUGAAGAUGUUAGAUUAAAUGGCUGAGAAUCAGUCAAAACAGCUCAGAUGCAUUCACUUUUUAUCAUCUCUGAGAUAUUGGGUUUUAAAAUUAUUUUAUACUUCUUUUCAGUUACACAAACUCAUAUUUUCCUUUCAAAUCCCAUUCUAUAUAUCUAGUCUUUUCCAUUAUUAGUAACAGUGUUGUUAAUUUCACUACUGUGAAUUUCAUCUCACUAUGCUGUUGUAAUACGGUAACUUGGAUCAAUGCAUACAAUGUAUUCGACUGGUCGACUCCUUCUGUUCAUAAGUAUCAUAUCUCAUUUGUUCCCUCCAUAUUGUUUUUAAUAUUCAUAACUUUGCUUUUGAUGUAUUUCUCUUUCUAAUAACUAAUCAAAUGGAGAGAAAUUUAUUUUUAUUCUAUGCAUAUCUGUAUAAUCUGAUUAACUAUGUUCAAAUAAACAAACGCACAUGAUUCACUGUUCCAAGAUAUAUAUAAGUUUUCUUUCCAUUAA